AUGAAUUCAUAUGAAAAGAGAUAUCAAAAAAAGGCUACUACUAGUACCACCCCAACUGCUAGUAUAACCUCCCCAUCUGCGUCGCCCACAAAAAAGGCUACAUUUAGUGAAGCAGUAGUCAACAAAACAGAUGUAGGAGAAUUCCAAGAAGGCUAUUUUAUCAUGUCAACUGCAGAUGAAACCUUGAUGAGAAGACCACAUAUUAAUAAGAAUUCACCACAACGAAAGAAGACUCAAUACACACAACAACAACAGGCUCCAUCAAAUACUACCAACGAUGACAAACCACUAAAACCAUCCAAACAAUCGAAAUCUACAGAAAUUUUACUCACCCCAGCCUCUUUAUUUGUAAAUGACUCUGAUUCUACGCCAUCUAAGAAGCACUUGGUCGCCUACAGUAGUAGCAACAACAACUCUAAUUACAAGUCCACACCAACUUCUACCACCAAGUCUUACAACAACAACAACAACAACAACAACUUUACAAAGACCAGUUCCUCACCCGUUUCUCCACAGUCAUCUUCUUGUUGGGCCGGAGGUGCUUUCAACAACUCACCUGCUCCCAAUUCACUGCCCAUCCCCAAUUUCGAUGACUGGUCGUCACCACAAGAGCCAACACCACAAUUUGACCUCACUGCCAUGACUUACGAUCUUAGACGAUUACUAAACAUCCAACCUGACCUCGUCAGCGCCAAAACUGUUGCCUAA